ACUAUUGUAACCUUUGCAUGAAGAAGAACAAGUGUUAUGUAUUGCAAAAUAUAAAAAUCUAAUUUGUUGCACAUAAAUUGUUUGGCAUACAAAAUAUAAAAAGCGAAAUAAAUUUUAUAUUAAUAUUAGGCGCAAUUAUAAAUAAAAUUUCAUAAAAACGACGUUGAACGUCGUGUACAUUCUUGUCACUGAUCUUAAUAGAUAAUCAAAAUGGAAUCGGUGCUUUUCGCAAACUUAAAAAAGCUAUAUGCCAAUGAGUUGUAUUCCUGUGUUAUACCGGCUGCCAGUUUGCUAAAUACACUUUUGCAAAAUGAUCGCAAUAUUGCUACUCCCGAAAUGGAAUAUCAAGUAUUACUUUUCAGCGGCAAUGCACAUUAUUAUGAGCGUAAUUAUCGUUUGGCCAGCAAACAAUAUGAAGCUGCUUUACUGAUGCGCAAAACUAUGUUGCGUUUUAAGAAUACACAAAUCGUUGGUAUUGAAAUCACACAUGAACAGUUCAGUGAGCUUGAGACGCGCUAUCGCCUUGCCAAAUGCUAUCGUGAGCUGGGUGAGGACCACAAGGCCAUAAAUACACUACACGCCUUGCCGUUGAAAACACGCACGCCCAAAGUGAAUAUGCUGUUGGCGCAACUUUGUCACUAUGGGCAAAAUGUUGAUAAUGCUGAAGCUAUAGCAUCUUAUAAAGAAGUAUUGGGCGAUUGUCCACUGGCAUUGUUGGCUAUAGAAGCGCUAUUGAUGUUGGGCGUGGAUGGCAUAGAGGUUAACUCAUUGGUGGUUAAUGCUAGCACCGUGCCGAAACACAUCGACUGGUUGAGUAGCUGGAUAAAGGCGCAUGCUCAACUUUACGGACGCGAUCAUUUAGAGGCAUCAAGAACAUUUCAAGCUAUCAACGACAACACAAAAUUUCACCAAAAUUCUUAUUUACUCACUUUGAUUGGCAAAAGUCUUUACUAUUAUGGCCGUUAUAUGCAGGCGCAACAGUAUUUAGAGACCGCGCUCAUGGUAAAUCCACACAAUACGGAUGCUCUAAUGCCGUUAGCUGUCGUUUAUGAAUAUAAUCAGAAACUGCCGGAGCUAGAUAAACUUGCUGCACAAAUGGGCAAUAUAAAAGAGCUCAAUUCUGAGCAUUGGUUUGUUGUAGCCGAAAGUUGUUAUGCUGCCGGGCAAAUAGAGAAGGCAAUUUCGUUUGCAAAGAAAGCAAUCGAGUUGGAUGAACGCAACAUCGAGGCACAAUUGCUACGUGGACGCAUUUGCUUGCAACUAAAACAGGGUAUCGAAGCAAUUUCCUAUUUUCGCACAGCACAAUGCAUUGCCAGUUACCGUUUUGAGGUAUAUAAAGGACUUUAUCAUUGCUAUGUGAGCAGAAAGCGGCGCGAUGAAGCACAAGCAAUGUGUGCCUUGGCAGUGCGCUAUUUUCGCAAUUCACCGCGCAGUUAUGUGAUGUUUGCGCGUGUUUUAUUGCAUUCAAGUAAUCCACUAGCAAAGAAGAGUGCUAAAAAAUUCUUAGCCAAAGCUUUAGAAAUCGAUGAGCAUUAUGCCGUCGCUGUAGCGCUUAUGGCAGACGUGUGCCAAGCAAAUGGUGAAACGCAAGAAGCCAGCGCCAUGUUGAAGAAACAAGUUAUGUCGUUUCCGAAUCCCUCAUAUUUCAGCAUGUUGGGUGAUUUGCGGCGCACAGCCAGAGAUUUGGACGGUGCACUUGAGUAUUAUACAAUUGCAUUGAGUCUUGAGCCCAACGAUCGUCACGCCUUAAAAGGUGUGAAAGCGUUGACACGCGGUGGUGACAAACAAGACCAAGAUACUUCGCUUAUGAUAUCACGUCUGCGUGAUGAAGAAUGGCAAAUUGAUGAAGAAGCGGAGGAAUCCUCAUCGCAUGAUGAGGAUGAUUCAGAUACAUACUCCGAUCCAUUUUGGCAAGAUUUGGAAUCCGAAGUGAUUAAUUAGUGCUUUUCGAGGUUUGUAAGUUUUCGUUUUGUUUUUAUUAUACAAUACUUGGCAAGAAAUAUGUCGCUAAAAGCGCAUUUAGCACAAGUUAAGUAGUAUUAAACAUGCUAAGUUUGAGUAGUUUAAUGCCGGCGAGUACUAUUAAAAGCCGUUUUAAUUUAAGCGCUAUAAUAUUUAAAACAUGUUCGUAUAUUUAUUUGGGCAAAAAACAAAUACAGUUAAAAAUAACA